AUGACGUCGCUCUCAUUGUCGUUAGGCCCGUUAGCCUUGGUCCGGCUCCACGACGCCUUAAUAUGCCUGUCCAAAUUCAGCGAAACAGUCGCCAUCGAAGCAGAGCCUGAUAUCCUCCGCCUCAGUGCGCUCAAUUCUACCAAGACGGGGUUUGCCUCCUUCGCGUUCGAGAAGGGGGUAUUCUUUGAGGCGUAUUCUUUCAAUUCCAGCAGUAAUGGCAGAAGUGGCAGUGUUUCGCUGGACCGAUUCUUCUGCCAGAUCUAUAACAAAGCACUUCUCUCCAUAUUUCGUGGGAAAACUGACAGAAACAAGGACACAGCCGUUGAACGCUGUGACAUGGAAUUGCAUGAAGAUCUACAGCAAGCCGAGUGUAGACUGACAGUGAAAAUGAUCUGUGGACUAGGCGUGAUCAAGUCAUAUAAAUUGACUUACGAACCAGCGGCAAUUCAGCACGCCAUCUUCGACAAAUCCAGAGCUACCAGCAUGUGGACAGCUGAUCCACGGUUCCUCAAGCAGCUCAUUGAGCACUUCAGCUUAUCUGCCGAGCAGCUGGACAUGUACUCCGAUUCCGGCAGAGCGGUGUUCACGAGUUUUACAACAAAGAUCACCGAAGGCAAGGAAGUACUAAAACACCCUGUCCACACAUCCGUAGCAGCAGACACGCGCGACUUCCAAGAGUACUUGGUCGAAGAGAACAUGCACGUCGCGAUCAACCUGAAAGACUUCAAAGCCGUAGUUGCGCACGCCGAAACGGCAAACGCCAGCGUAACAGCACGGUACACCCGACCCUGCAAGCCUCUGCAGCUGGAGUACGGAUUUGAAGGCAUCAACGCAGAAUUCACAGUCAUGACCCGCGGCCAGGCAGAUAGCGAAGACGCCCCGACGUCAACACGAGCGUCAAUCCCACGGCAAACGCCCGUGCCUAUCCCAAUCUCAGCGAGCAGGUCGCGUGAUACUCGCCCAUCGGUGACGACAAAUACGCAGAUGCCCCCACCGCCACCGCGAACCAGAUCCAUCCGUCCUCUCAAUGGGUCGUCUACGCAGGAGAAUCUGAGCCAGAGGGCUAGCGCAGAUCGGCCGGCGGCGUCUGGGCUUUCGAUGGAAUUCGAUAGCCUUUUCGUGCCUGCUGAUGAUGACCGGCAGUGGGAUGAGAUGAAGGACGAAGAGGAGCCGCAGGAUAUUCUUGGAUGGGAUGCGUCGGGAACACAGGACGCAUUCGGGGCAACUAUUCGCGAUGCGGAGCCUGCCUUGUUGAGAGAGGAUGAGCCAAACGAUGAUACGGGUCUCCCGCCAACACAACGUUUUUCUCAGGUUCGCCAAUAUGGUUUCUUCGACUGA